AUGGAAGAAGGUUUUCAGAAAGCUGAUUCACAUAACCUACCUACUGUAGAUGUAACAAUGAUGUCUGAUUUUUUGGCAUCUUGUAAAGAAAUAAAUCAACCACAGAGUAGUGGAACCAAAACAAGCCAAGACAAACCUUAUUUUGUAAAUGCUGUUGUCAAUGAAGAACUUGAGGAAAUACUGGAAGUGUCCUGCAUCAGUUGUGUAGCUUCUUCUGGAGUAUGCAAACAUGCCAUUGCAUUUUUAAUGUGGCUCCACCGACGAUCUGAGGAGCCUGCCCCUACAGAAGUGGUAUGUUACUGGAAGAAAGCCCCAUUAGCACAAGUAGGAGCUGAUGAAAAAUAUAUUGAAGCUAUUCAUAUAGGAAAAAAAAUCAAGAAACACUCCACAACCAGUCCUAACACUGCAGGAUUUUUUGAAGAUGUGCUAGAGGGUAUAAGAAUAGGAAACUAUCCAUGCCCUUUAAAUGCCCACCAUAGAGAUAUUUCCGAAGUAAAAAAAUUAUCUGUUCAUCAAUUAAUGAUUGAAUUUAUAAGCAGUGAUUUAGAUCAAACAGCUGAUAGUUUUGUCAAUUUUUGUAACAAGCAUGUAAAUCCAGAUAUUAUACAAAAAAUUUCUGAGUUGAGCCACACACAAAGUGAAGAUUCCCUCUGGUUUGAGCUGCGGUAUGGAAGAAUAACUGCAUCAAAAUUAUAUGAAAUGGCUGUUUGUAAGAAAUCAAGUGGCUCUCUAGUUAAUCAAAUUAUUGGAGUGGCUAAAAAAUUUGAUACAUUUGCUACAAAGAGAGGGAAAAAACUAGAAAAGGCAGUUAUUAUGCAAGUUAGAAAAAAAAAUAAAUGCAAAUAUAAAAACCUGUGGUUUGACAAUUUUAAGAGAAUAUGGUGUUAUUGGGGCAUCUCCUGA